CUCAAUUUAAUACAUAAAAUAUUAAAACUAAUAUAUAUAUUUAAAAUGUAUGGAGUAGAUGUCGGGAAAGACAUUCCGUCAAGCUGACGGAAUAUCUGCCCAUAGCCCUAGCGCUAGGGUUUUGUUUCCCCCGGGCCAAAAUGGUAGAUAUGGCGGCGAGCCAGCAGCAGCGCGCGGCCGCGCAGUUGAAUCCACAGGCCAAUCUCGCCCUGUGCGUCUCCAAACGGGAGAAGCUCCUCGAGGAGCUCCGAAACGUUGAGAAGCAGGUGUAUGAUCUCGAGACCACUUAUCUGCACGACUCGAGCCAGUGCGGCAACGUUCUCAAGGGAUUCGAGGGAUUUCUCUCCUCCGCCAAGGGAGCUGGAAACAUGAAGAGACCACGCAAGUUCUCCACCGAGGAUCGUUUGUUUUCUUUGUCUUCGGUCACUUCCCCUGCUGCCGAAGAGAAUGCUCUAGGACGAGACACCGAGGGAAGACUAGAUGGAAGCGGCCAAAGUCGGAUCAAGAUCGCGGGAACGCCAGCAAACGGGCCCGGGAAGCAAAAGCGACGAACCGGCCCUCGAGACGGCAAGAGGAUCAAGCAGAUGAAUGAGCAUGAUCUGGAGGAGGAGGAUGAUCUCGACUUGAUAGCUCGAUAGCCCUGUUUUGUACAUGACAAGUAGUAAGCAAUUGCAUGUAUGUAUAUACAUAUGGAAAAGCCGGGAUUUACCUUGCGGUGAGGAACGA